CCGACGAGGAACAAGCGCGGGCCGGACCUGAAGGAAGUUCGCUGCAGAACCCCAGAUAGCGGUAGAGAGGGACUCGGACCCAAUGGCGACCUCAGAGGCCUGCGGCAGCGGCGGGAAUGACGAGGGCUGCGACCCCUCCGUCAAGUACUACCGGCUGGAGGAGGUGGCGAAGCGAAACUCCGCGGAGGAGACGUGGAUGGUGAUCCACGGGCGAGUCUACAAUAUUACCCGCUUCCUCAGGGAGGGGCGGCAUCCUGGUGGGGAAGAGGUUCUGCUGGAACAAGCUGGUGCUGAUGCAACUGAAAGCUUUGAAGAUGUUGGCCACUCCCCUGAUGCCAGGGAAAUGCUGAAGCAGUACUACAUUGGUGAUGUUCAUCCGAGUGACCUUAAACCUAAAAAAGGUGGUAACAAGGAUCCUUCAAAAAGCAGGACAUCCAAAAGUUGCUGGGCAUAUUGGAUUCUCCCCAUCGUGGGCGCUAUUCUUGUAGGUUUCCUGUAUCGUCACUUCACGGCCGACAACAAAUCCUCCUGAGGAGACGAGACCAUGCUGAAGUGUGGGAGUGCGUGCUCCUGGAAUUGAGAAGUUGAGACUUACUUUGGAGGCUGCAACAAUGCUUCCUCCUUGAAUCCUGCCAGUUUCUCCCCCUCCCCACCCCCCUUGGAGCCAAGAUGUUUGACUAGAUAUCUAUCCUUCAGUCUAGGACCAGGGUCUUUCACCAGCCAGAGGCUGAUGCCCAAAGCACCUGCUCAUGUUGUGUCCUUGCCAGGGUUUCUUCUCACUGGCUUCCACCUGUUCCCUUCAUUUCAGAGUUUAUGUUGAUGACUAUAGAGUUCCUGUGUUGUAGAGACAUGGCCUUUGGGGACAGUAUAUAAUUUCUGAUACUCUCAGUUCACAUUAGGUAUAUUUAAGGGAACAGUACUCUAGUUUUGAAUCUUUUCCCCAUUUUUCUUUUAAGUAAAUUUAUUUUUUAAUUCUGAUUUAAUUUUGUCAUUUAUCAUAACGGGUUUUCAUGAAGUUAAGAUGUGUCUGUCUUAUUUAAAACACAGCUGCCAAAUGAUCCUAUUUAUGAUUAUUAAAGUAAGGGGAAGCAAGAUAGACCAUUGGGUAAAAGCAAUUGCUGCAAAGCCUGAUGACCUGAAUUUGAUUCCCUGGACACACACGGUAGAAGGAGACAACCAGUUCCCAAAAGUUGCCCUCUGACCUCCACAUGUAUGGUAUGGCCCUAAUGUAACACAGACACCUGUAUAUACACACAGGUACACACAUUGAGACAUAACACACAGAGGCACAAGCAUACACUAAAUAAAUGUAAUUUAAAAAAAUAUACAAAAGAAAUAAAAAUUUAAAUAAAAGUACUAUGUGGUUUUCUCCCUUCCAGAUAGUGUAGCUGAUUGCUCCCUCCUAUCCCUAAGUCCAGCCCCUUUCUUCCCAAGAGUACUUUACAAACUGCAUCCCUUUGGUUUCUGAGAUGUACAAGAGCCAAAGAAGGGAUCAGUGAGUUAAAGUGAAUUCAGAAUGAUCUCUUUUAAAAAGAGAACAAACACCGCUUACAGGACAGCAGUUUAAAGAGUGACUGGCACGCUCUCUGUGGUGUGACACCAGUUACUAACGAUCCUCCACCCUGACUGUCUCUACUGGUGAAAGAGUGUUACCAUGGAGUGUCACUGUAGUCUGUGGUUGUGUUCAUGCAGCUUCAUGGAAGGCUCUUGCUGCUUUUUCGUUUACUGAUUAAUUUUUAAUUCCCUGUUUUACCAAAGUAAGAAACUCAAGUUUGGCCUUAUCUCAAUAAAAUAACUAACAUGUAAAUGUCAUUGUUGGGGCAUGCCACUUAAGAUAGGAGACCUUGCCAAGAGACUUCUGUUUUCUGUUUUACUUUCAUGGCUUCAACUUGGUGAUUUUGUUCUACUCUUUUUCUGAGAAUUAUAAUGAUAAAUCUGGAAGCUUUUCCCUCCUUCCUUGGAUAUGUAUUUCAUUGGAGAGUAGUUAAUCAUUUAAAAUUACUGUUUCUCCUUGGUCCGGGCAUUUUCCUGGCUUCUUUGACUUUAUUCUUUUCCCUGUGGGAGUACCUGACAGUUUCCCAGUUAUUUUUUACCCAUUAUCUAUGAUUUUCCUCCACAUCCUUUGUUCAUUACCAAUCUGCUUCUGGACUGUUGUCAUGUCCAGCAGGAAGCCAUUGAAUUCUAGAAAGACCAGAAAUGCUGGGAAGUGUCUCCUGCCUCCCUUCCAGCUUGCCAGGGGCUUGACGGGACAGGAAACUGCACAUUAAACCAGUCUGCCCAUGCAAACUAUUUAAGAAAAAGUUCAGCCCAGGACUUUUAUUCUGUGAUUUAGCAAUUGAAUAAGUUCAGAAUUCAUCAAAAUAACAUUAGCCUUUUCCUUGAAUACUCGGAUAUGAUAUUUUAAUUUCUAGAUGAUUUCUAUAUAUCAGGGAUACAGACUUAAUCACUUUUAUCUUUAGAAAUUUUGUAAUAUAGUAGAUUGAAAGAGUAGUUAUUCUGUAACAAAAGUGGCUUGACUGCCUCCACUUAAAGGCAAGGAAGGUCUGUGUGCAGUGAGGCCUGGGGUUCACUUGCUGUGAUAGCUAAGCUACAUUCAAUAUGUUGGGUAGAUGGAAAGAACAAAGGUUCAGUCAAGUGCAGGUAACAUUCAUGCUGACACUAAGCCUGAAGAUAACUUAGAUCAGUUAUGAAUGUGUGUUGGCAAUCUCUUUACAGACACUGAAAAACAUCUGGCUAUAGGAAAUGUUAAGAACUGUUUUUUAGCUGGGUGGUGGUGGCACACACUUUUAAUCCCAGCACUUGGGAGACAGAGGCAGGAGGUUCCCUGAGUUUGAGACCAGCCUGGUCUACAGAGGGAGUUCCAGGACAGCCAGAACUAUAUAGAGAGACCCUGUCUCAAAAACACCCCCAGCACACACACACACAAAAAAAAGAACUGUAUUUUUUAAGUAAAAUCGUGUUUUGAUAUUUCUAUAGUAAACAUCAAUACAAAAAUGGUGUUUUUCUAUUUCACAUCUAUGUUCUUUUCCUGCUUUUAUCUGAGCUUGUUUCUUCUACUGAGAGCCAGAAGGAAAAAAAUUUCCUACUUUGUCUUUGCCAUUUAUGUAAUCCAUCUAAUACCCAGGGCUUCUUUUGAACUACUGAUAAUGUGAUAUCAUAUUAUAAAAAACAUGCUGCUUUUUUGGGGGGUGGGGAGCAGGCAUGGUGGUACAUGACUUUAUUCCCAGCACUUGGGAAGCAGAGGCAAACAGUUCUUGAGUUGUAGGCCAGCCUGGUCUACAUAGCAAGCUCCAGGCCAGCCAAAGCCACAUAGUGAGACUCUUGUCUCAAAACAAAUUCCCCAACCCCUUUUAGGUUUAUUUGCUGUAAUUCUGUUGCUUACAUAAACAGCUAGGGGGAGAGGUAGGUCUUAGGUGAGAUUUUGUUGAAGCUUUUCCUAAAGAAAGCAAUAUAGUAUGUGUACCAGCUGCAUUAAAAAGGACAGAACUUGUCAAAGAAGCCUUGACAUUUAUGGGUUAUGCUAACUCACUGAGAGCAAGAGGAGCCAGUCCCUGUUGGCUGACAGUACCCCAACCUGUGGGGUGUUUGGUUGUUUAUUCCUGAAGUGGCCAGCUGCCACCACACCAUACAAGUUAACAUCUGGUGAACACAAAAGGGAAUUUGUGCUAUCAAGACACAGGGUGUUAAUGCCCAUUCUCUAAAAGUUCUUAUCUGGUCCUGGGAGCUGGUUUCUUCUUCCCAAGUGACUUCACGUUUGUAAAGAAUGCAGUGGGACAAAGUUUGUUUGUGGACUGUGUUUACAACUCCUUGUGUGAUUACUUGAGCAGACAAGUCUGUCCAAAGCUAUCAUUUGAGCUGGUAGGCAGGCUCUUUGAGCAGUUGCCACCCGGGCGUAUGAUGCUGGGUUUGUGCUCAUUCAGUGCUGGGAGCAGUGAGAAGUGCUUUUUCAAGUCAUCACACAUGGCAUCCAUACUUCAUCUCAGGUGUACCCAUCUGGCUGAAGUCCACCUGAGGUGACUGAAGCACAGAACAUGAAUGUUCUUUGCUUCCUACCCAAGGGAAAUGGAGUCAGACAUGUCAUGUCUCAACAAGAAACUGAAGUUUUGAAGCUAUGUGAUUCAGUUGCCAAAUAUCUCAAAGUAACGGAGAGCUCCGUCAUAUUUGGCCAGCUUUGGAAUUUAUGGGGGUGGCCCUGGAGGGGGUUCUGAAGAAGCAGAGAUGUGCCAGUCACCUGCCUUAUGCCCAGUGUCUUACUCAUGAAUUUCAGUGGCCCGUCCUUGCCCACGCCUACAUCGCCUACAGUGGCUGCUCAGGCAGAACAUCAUUUCAGUUAUUUAACUUGCUUUUUACUGCACCCUCAACUGUGAGUGACUAAUAUUAACAUUCCUUUUGUGUAUUCAAUGAUGGAGUUUGUUUACCUAUUUGAUUUCAGCUUAUUUUGAACAAAGAUCUUUGUCUCUUUCUACUGGAAUGUGCACACAGUGAAUGUUUGUUAGAACUACACAAUAAAGAUACUGUUUUCCUUUUCU